AUCGUGAUGUGUCAUUUUCACGCUUAAUGUCGAGUCUGUUGUAUAUAAUGUUAUGUAAAAGUAUUAUUUAUAGAUUUUUGGAACAGUUCGUGGACCCUCUACACCAGAGAUUUUCAACCAAAGUGUGAAGGGAUUGUUUGAGAGUGAAUUAAAAGCUUAUAACUUGGUGAACAUCGAAACAUCAAAAAAAAAAAAAAAACAACAACUCCGCAUCAAAGAUGGCUGCCACACAGGAUAUCAUGACGUGUGCAGUUUGCACAGAAGUUUACACCUCGCCCAGAUUCCUGCCCUGUUAUCACACCUUCUGUCUAGAGUGUCUAGAGGAGCUGGCGAAGAGACAUGGAGACACCAUCCCGUGUCCUACCUGUAGAGCUCCUGCUACUGUACCGCCAGGUGGUGUGUGUGAUCUACAAGUCAACUUCUACUUCACGGAAGAAGCUCUGGAGCAGGCACGUAGUGAAGAAAGUCAGUCCAUGUGUUCUGUUCACACUAAGGAAUGUGUUGUACUUUUUUGUACACAGUGUCACCAAGCCAUAUGCACCAGGUGUAAGCUGACCAAACACGAGGGACAUGUUACUGAAGAUCUGUCAGAUGCUGUCGCUCGUUGUAAAAAAACGAUUGAACAUGAACUGGCUCGUCUUGACGCUUCAUUUGCUGAUGAAAAAAAACCCACAGUUAAUUUUAAAAAAAUCGAGAAGCAUUUAGAAGAAAACCAAAUAGCAUUAACGAAGCAGAUUCAAGUCCGGCAUGACGCCAUUGUGGCUAUGGCAGGAAGAUAUCGUGACCAGGCGAUGAGAAAUCUUCAGGAAUUGUCAGAGAGUCUGAGGAGAGAGUUUACCGCCAUGACACAGCCAGUAACAGACGAGGUGAGCUCCCUUUUCAAAUUUAAGGAACGAGCUCGACGGGCGGUGAGUUCGGCCUGUGACAUGGAGGUACUGGAGGUGGAGAGAGAGAUGACACGGGGAGAAGGAAGCGCGGAGUGGUUCACAGAACUAAGGGCUGGGUUGCCUACUAUGAGUUAUCUACCUGGACUCCAUGGCGAUUUCACUAACGACAUUGAAAACUGUGUCAAGAUGUACAUAGGAUCGCCAGUGAAGCUGACAAAUCAGAUUGAGAAUAGUUACAGAUUGAUUACCGAUAUUAGAUGCGGAGAUGGAGAAUGUGAAGUGCACGCUUUGCGGCAAAAGGAGGAUGAAAGUAUCGAGGUAUUUUAUGGAGGAAUAGGGGGUGACUUCUCUAAAGAGAGGUCAGUGAUUUUUAGGCAUUACGUUCGAAGUGGUGUUGCUGAGUAUGGAAAAAGGGUAUCACCCAUCACACGAAAAGAUGACAUAGUGGAAUGGGAAGGGCAACAGAAGAGAAUUCUUGCUUCAAAGGAUGCUGGCAUGUAUUGUAUAAAUCAGAACUGUACGACAGGUGAGUGUUUUAUAAGUUCAGUUCAGUUAGAACAAACAGACGAGAAGGAAAACAGUGGUUUCGGUUCUCUUAAUCACCCAGAAGUAGAUGACGAUGGGAUCACAUUUGACAGCUACCUGCCAGUCAGCGGUGACAUGGUGCGGCCAACAGCUUUAAAUGUUGAUGUUUACGGCUACCUGCUUAUUGGGUGUGGCGAUGGUUGCAUUUUACGAUAA